GCGCGCGCGAGUGUGUGUGUGUGUGUGUGUGUGUGUGUGAGAAAGGGGUGGGGGGAGCCUUACUCUGCCGUUACGUCGUGGAGUAGGAACUGCGCUGCUCAUCCCACGACUGUUCUCUGUUUUACUGUAUUUUACUGUGUUGCUUCGCAGUAGUGGGAGUUUCUUUGUUUUCCCAGCCUCUCCGGUUACUUUGUUUCGCUCUCCCGUUGUAGCGAGGCGCGCGCGCGCUCACGCGCUCUGCUCACGCGCUCCGAGAUCCCGCCCCGUCACGAGUUCGUGCGCCUUCGUUUCGUUUCCAUUCGCUUCGCUUCGCUUCGCUGCUCCGUCCUGCUCGGUCCAGCUGGACGUGGAUGUGUCCGAGCGAAGGGCUCGUGUCAGCGCGCAGUUCGUCCGCGAGCCGUGGAUCCGCUGCGGGUGCGGGAAGGUGCUGCAACAUGGUGCCGCCGCUGGUGCUGCUCUGUCUGUGGACCGUGGGGGCGGCUUCCUCGUCCCCCUCGUCCUCCUCGUCCUUUCUGCCGCUGAGCGACGUGCCCUUCCUCACCGUAUGGAACGCCCCCACCCAGCCCUGCCAGUCCAAGUUCGGCGUGGACCUGGACCUGGGCGUCUUCGACAUCGUUCGGAACCAGAACGAGACCUUCGUCGGGGGUAACGUGACCAUCUUCUACGAGAACAAGCUGGGGCACUACCCCCGCUACACUGAGAAGGGUGUGGCAGUCAACGGCGGGGUUCCCCAGAACGCCAGCCUGCGGCGCCACCUAGAGGGCGCCAAGGCCGACAUCGUGGCCGGCUUGCCGAACGCCGACUUCCGGGGACUGGCCGUGGUCGACUGGGAGAGCUGGCGGCCUCUGUGGCUCCGCAACUGGGACUCGAAGCGUGUGUACCGGGAGGGUUCUCGCGCGCUCGUCCAGGCCCAGCACCCCGACUGGAAGCCCGAGCAGGUGGACGGGGAGGCCCAGAGGUUGUUUGAGAAAGCAGCGCGGGCCUUCAUGGAGGACACCCUGAAGCUGGGCCGCGCUCUGAGGCCGGGGGGGCUCUGGGGCUUUUACGGCUUCCCCUGCUGCUACAACUACCAGUACAGAAACGGCAGUGCCAACUACAGUGGCGCCUGCCCCCUACUGGAGCAGCGGAGGAAUGACCAGCUGGCCUGGCUCUGGAACGUGAGCGACGCCCUCUACCCCGACAUCUACCUGGAGGUGUCGCUGCGCGGCCAGGGGGGCGCCGUCCUCCGCUACGUCCGGCACAGAGUGCUCGAAGCGAUGAGAGCGGCGGGUCACGUGAGCCCCGUGCCCCCCCCGGUGCUGCCCUACGCUCGCAUUGCCUACACCUACUCCUUGGACUUCCUGUCUGAGGAGGACCUGGUGCACACCGUUGGGGAGAGCGCCGCUCUCGGCGCUGCGGGGGUUGUGCUGUGGGGAGACGCAAACUACAGCAAGUCCCAGGCCACCUGCCUCUCUGUGAAGAGCUACAUCGACGGGAUUCUGGGCCGUUACGUGGUCAACGUGACGACCGCCGCCUCCCUGUGCAGCGGGGUGUUGUGCUCGGGCCGGGGGCGCUGCCGCAGGAGGGCCGACUCCCCCGGGGCCUACCUGCAUCUGGACCCCCGCAGCUGGAGCGUGGAGAGGUCCGCCGGGCCCCGCGGGAUCCGCUGGUUCGCCCUCCGGAAGCAGCAAGACCGAGGCCAGUCGAAGGACACGUCGAGCCGCUUCGAGUGCCAGUGCUUCCCGGGCUGGGAAGGCGAGCGAUGCAGCAGGCGGCGGAGCCACUAGAGGACAGCCGGGCGCUCUCAGGUCACCAGACUGCUGCAGGUUCCAGCGACCUUCCGGGCGCCACUUUCCUUCGCACCCGCGGCACGAGGGGGACUGACUACCUCGCCCGUCACUUGUACGCGGACUCCCGCCGUCAAUGCGCUGUGCAAGGGCUCUCUUCCCCCGUGACUCUCGACCGCUGGCCCUGCCAGGUCCCGUCUGCGGGCCCGGUGACCCGAGAGGCAGGAAGUCGACGCGCCGCUUGCAGCGGGCUCUCUAGGGCUGCGCGCCGACGCCGCAGGAAGUGACUUUGUAGGGCCGAGAAGCUGAGCCGCUGCAGUUGGUCACGCCGGAGAUGUUGCGCGAGUUGCGGGCCGCCGCCACUUUGUCUUUAACGUACCGAAGCGAGCGUUUUGGGACCUACGGUUGCAUCGCCCGCAUUGCAGCGUGACGAAUCGAAAGCUGAACUCGUGAACAAAACGUGUGAACCGCUUCAGUCAAGUAGCAGAACUGACCUAGCAGACAUGUCAGUGUGUGGACGCGUCUUCACUUCCUCGUGUGUAAUGAGAGUCGUGCCCUGGAAUUCAGAAUAAAUGCUGACAUCAAUAC